AUGCUGAGGACCCUGGGCCUGGCCCUGCUGGCUCUGGCCAGUGCUGUGGGCCCAAGCCAGGCCAGCAGCUUCACAGAAAAAGGCCUGUCCUUGUUGAGCUACCAGCUGUGCAACUACCACGUGACCCAAAAUGUCCAGAAACUGGAGGCCAUUCGGACGUCCCACAUGACCUACGCUUCAUGCGGUGGCUGGAUCCCACGGAGGCAGUGCCCUAAGAUCAUUUACCGGACCCAGUACCUGGUGGUGGAGGUCCCCGAGUCCAGGAACGUGACCGACUGCUGUGAGGGCUACGAGCAGCUUGGCCUCUACUGCGUCCUGCCUCUGAAUCGGUCUGGGGAAUUUGCAUCGAGACCUGGGGUCUGCCCGAUGGUGGGGCCCGCACCGUCCACCUCCCUGUGUGGCUUGGACACCGACUGUCCUGGACUUCAGAAGUGCUGCCCCUGGUCAGGGGGCCGCCACUGUGUGGCCCCCAUGCCCCAAGCUUCUGAGAGGAACCUGGUGAGCUUCUGGUACAAUGUGACCAUGCUGGUGAAGAUGGACUUCCAGGAGCUCGAGCAGGUGGACCCCAGGCUCCUGGAUCACAUGCGCCUGCUGUACUCCUUGGUCACCAGUGCCUUGCAGCCGCUGGACUCGGCUAUCCACCACCUGCACUCGACCAGGGGGGACACCUCCACCACGGUGUCGCAGCUGUUGCUGGGCCUGCCACAGCUGCUGCCAGUGGCCAACGUCUCUGCUGUGCUGGCUGACAUCACGAAGCGUGUCUAUGAAGUGGUCAGCGUCAAGGUGCAAGAUGUGAAUGAGUGUUUCUAUGACACACUCAACACCUGCUCAGGAAGGGAACUGUGUGUGAACACAGAGGGCUCCUACCAGUGUGUCUGUCACCAGCCAUCGCAGGCCUCGGGUCCCCAGAGGCUGAACCACUUGUGUGAAGAUUGUCCUCCAAUUGGUGACUUCGUGGCCCUCAAUGUUACCAGCAGCAGUUUCCAAGUGUCCUGGAGCUUACACUCCAUCCAGAACCGCACUUUCCACGUCCAGGUGUACAGGGGCGAGAAGCUGCUCAGGAGUGCCAGGACCCAGAGCCUGGCCCUGGAGGUGGCUGGGCUGGAGGCCGGGGUCAUGUACAGAGUGAGGACCAGCUACCAGGGGUGCGGGGUCAACGUCUCCGCUGCACUGACCGUCAAAACCGAUGCCCGGGUAUUUGAAGUCAUAAUAAGGAUCCUAAACCGCAGCCUGACAGAGAAGUUACUCAACCACAGCAGCGUGGAGUACCAGGACUUCUCUAGACAACUGCUUCGUGAGGUUGAGAACUCCUUUCCCCCAGCGGUGUUGAACUUGUACCGAGGUGGGAAGCUGAGGCUGCAGAUCGUGUCUCUCCAGGCGGGAAGCGUGGUCGUGAGGCUCAGGCUUACGGUGCAGGACCCUGAGAUUCCCGUGGGGGUCUCCACGCUGUCCCCCAUGCUCAGGCCUCUGUGGGCCAGCACAGUGUUCCAGAUUGACCAGCAGAGGACGCUGGUGCGAGACUGGGAUGAGUGUGUGGACAGCUCAGAGCACGACUGCUCCCCAGCCGCCCGCUGCAUCAACCUCGAGGGCUCCUACACCUGCCAGUGCCGCACAGCCAGGGACACCAACCCCUCCCGGGCGGGCCGGGCCUGUGAGGGCAACAUGGUGAGUCCCACGGGAGAUGUGCUGUCUGUGGCAACAGGGGCAACGGUCCCAGCUCUCAGAACAGAGACCCCCACCUUGUCACCCAGCCCCGGGCAUCCAUGGAGCUCUCCAGCAGCAGGCCAGGCCUGGUCCCCAGGGUCGCCGCCCAGGAGAGGGGGCAGUGGCAUGGUUGGGCACGACAGGAACAGCACAGGGCAAGGUGUGGAGGAGGAGGCACCCAGCACCAUCUCAGGCCUGGGGACUGGCCGGGGGACCACCAGCGGGCUGGCCAGCACCGCCUCCUCCCCCCGGGCUCCCAGGUCAACCCACAGCUCCCCUCCAGGGGUCACAGACAGCCUGCUGGCCCCCCCUGGACAGUCACUGAGAAACUCCACCACAGAGCCACUCUCUCAGCCUGCCCCUGCUGAGGGCCCCAUGGGCCACAUUGUGUGGCACGCCAGCCUCCCCACGCAGGAAAUGCCUCUGGACCCCACGCAGCUGUGGAAUGAGGACCCUGGGCCCUCCCGCUCCCUGGACCUGCCAAUGACCCCCACCUCCACAUCUCUGAUGACCCCCACCUGUGUUCCCGUCCCCAUCGAGAGGAUCACAGUCUCCAAUGUGAGUGGCACCGGCUUCCACAUGGCGUGGGUGGCGGGUCUCACCCUGCGCCCCACUUUCAGGCUCACCCUGAAUUCUGCGCGUGGCCCUGCCAUGGGCCUGGAGACCCAGGACACGAGCGUGAUGCUGUCGGGGCUGGAGCCUGGAGUCUUGCACCUGGUUGAGAUAGUGGCCAAAGCUUGCGGGAAAGAGGGAGCCCACGCACACCUGAAAGUGAGGACAGCGGCCCGGAAACUCAGCGGGCAAGUCAGAAUAGCCAAUGUCAGGUAUGCAGAGUCCUUCCGCAGCAAGAGCAGCGAAGAGUAUCGAGAUUUCCUGGAACUGUUCUUCAGGAUGGUGCGGGACUCCUUGCCGGCCAGCCUGCUUGGCCACAUGGAUGCUGGCGGGAUCAGGAUGGAAGUCACCAGGAUCACCAACGGCAGUGUCCUGGUGGAGUUUGACCUGCUGAUAGUUGCAGACGUGAACGUCAGGGAGGUGUCCGCGGCGUUCCUUGUGUCCUUGCAGAAGGCUUCUCUGCUGGAGGUGGUCAGAGGCGACACCUUCAUUCGGGAUUACGAUGAGUGUGAAAGACAGGAGGAUGACUGUGUGCCGGGGACGUCCUGCAGAAACACCCUGGGGUCUUUCACCUGCAGCUGUGAGGGAGGAGCCCCGGACUACAAUGUAGAAUAUUCUGGAAGACCCUGUGAUGGUGACUCUCCUGGUAAAGCGACUGGGGCUCCCGGCACAGAGUGGCUCCCCACCCCAGCAGGAGCCAGGGCUACCCUCAUGCCAGGCACCAGCACUGUCCCCCAGGGCCUGUCCCAGCGGCUGAACCUGACUGGAGCUGUCCAGGUGCUCUGUGAGAUAGAGAAGGUAGCCAUCACCAUCCAGAAGCACUUCCUGCAGCAGGAAUCCAUCCCCGAGUCCUCCCUGUACCUGGGACACCCCUCCUGCAACGUCAGCGACAGCAACAGGACACAUGUGCUCCUGAUGGCCAGCUGGAGCGAGUGUGGAACUGUCCUGCAAAGCAACCUGACGAAUACGGUGGUGAGGACCACGCUGCGGAACGACCUGUCCCCAGAGGGUGUCAUCCACCACCUGAAGAUCCUGAGCCCCAUCUACUGUGCCUUCCGGAACGACCUCCUGACGUCCUCAGGCUACACCCCAGAGUGGGGGGUUUACACCAUCAUCGAGGAUCUCCAUGGUGCUGGAAAUUUUGUCACCGAGAUGCAGUUAUUUAUUGGAGAUUCUCCGAUACCUCAAAAUUACACUGUGUCUGCCAGCGAUGACGUCAAGAUCGAAGUGGGGCUUUACAGGCAGAAUAGCAACCUCAAGGUGGUCCUGACCGAGUGCUGGGCGACUCCGUCGAGCAAUGCCAGGGACCCGGUCACCUUUGGGUUCAUUAACAACAGCUGCCCUGUUCCCAACACGUAUACCCACGUGAUUGAGAACGGUGACUCCAACAAGGCCCAGUUUAAACUGAAAAUCUUCUCCUUCAUCAACAACUCCAUAGUCUACCUGCACUGCAGACUUCGCAUUUGCAUGGAGUCCCCCGGAACCACAUGCAAAAUAAAUUGCGAUGACUUUCGGCUGCCGAGAAGUAGUGAAACCGCUGCCACACAUCAGAUGUCGUGGGGACCCCUCAUCCGGUCUGAAGGUGCACGUGCAGAUGCAGGACCUGGCCUUGGAGUCAGCUACAUCAUCCCCACCAUUGUGGCCGUCUCCGCCGCAGUGGUGGGGACAGCCACGCUUCUCAUCCUGCGCUACCAGAGAAUGAAUGGAAAAUACAAUUUCAAAAUCCAGUCUGACGACGUCAGCUACCGGGCAUUCCAGGAACAGGAUGUGCCGGCUGCUGGAAGGUUUGGCAGUAGCAGUUCUCUGAACCGGAGGACACUGCUGUCUGUCGGGCGCCCCUGCGGUCUCUCCCAGGGCCGCGCUGGCCCAGCCCCCGCCGGUUCCGCAGCCGGGGGCUGCGGGCUGGGGAGCCUCCAUGGCACCUGCAGGGCCCAGGCAGCCGGGGCGGGCCGCGAUUGGCGGAACCCCCAGGUCGGGGAGCAGGGCCAGCGUGUCCCGCAGGAGCAAAGCAAGAGCGCCUGCACCUGCCGGCCGGCCCGCCCUCUCGGCGCCGGCCAAUCGCGCGCGCGGGACGGGGCGGGGCGCGCCGGAGCCGGAGCAGGAGCCGGAGCCCGGGCCCGAGCCUGA